AACAUGAGUAAAAGUUCAGCACCAUCCGUUGGAAUUGAUUUGGGAACAACAUACUCCUGUGUUGGAGUGUUUCAGCAUGGAAAAGUGGAAAUCAUUGCCAACGACCAGGGAAACAGAACAACCCCAAGUUAUGUAGCAUUUACAGACACUGAACGUCUUGUAGGAGAUGCCGCAAAGAACCAAGUAGCUAUGAAUCCUACAAACACAAUAUUUGAUGCCAAACGUCUCAUCGGCAGAAAAUACAACGACCCAUGUGUGUCAUCUGAUAGGAAACACUGGCCUUUUGAAGUAGUUGAUGAUGGUGGCAAACCAAAACUGAAGGUCAAUUACAAGACAGAAUCAAAGACAUUCUUCCCCGAAGAAAUAUCCUCCAUGGUUCUGAACAAGAUGAAAGAAACCGCUGAAGCAUAUCUUGGCAAGACUGUAACAAAUGCUGUAGUAACAGUGCCAGCCUACUUCAAUGAUUCUCAGAGACAGGCAACAAAAGAUGCUGGAACAAUUUCUGGGCUUAAUGUUCUUCGUAUAAUUAAUGAGCCUACAGCAGCUGCCAUUGCCUAUGGUCUUGACAAAAAGGUCGGACAGGAAAGAAAUGUUCUCAUCUUUGAUUUAGGUGGUGGUACUUUUGAUGUAUCCAUUCUGACAAUUGAAGAUGGAAUCUUUGAGGUGAAAUCCACAUCUGGAGACACCCAUUUAGGUGGAGAGGACUUUGAUAACCGUAUGGUGAACCACUUUGUUCAGGAAUUCAAACGUAAACACAAGAAGGACAUCACAGAUAACAAAAGGGCUGUACGUCGUCUAAGAACAGCCUGUGAGCGAGCAAAGAGAACACUGUCAUCAAGUGCUCAGGCCAGCGUUGAAAUCGACUCCUUGUAUGAAGGAAUUGAUUUCUACACAAGCAUCACACGAGCACGUUUUGAAGAGUUGAAUUCUGAUCUAUUCAGAGGAACCUUGGAACCAGUAGAAAAAUCUCUACGUGAUGCCAAACUAGACAAAGGCCAGGUUCAUGAUAUUGUACUGGUUGGUGGGUCCACACGUAUUCCAAAGAUCCAGAAACUUCUCCAGGAUUACUUCAAUGGCAAAGAACUGAACAAAUCCAUUAACCCUGAUGAGGCUGUUGCUUAUGGUGCAGCUGUGCAGGCAGCUAUCCUGUCUGGGGACAAGUCUGAGGAAGUCCAAGAUCUAUUGUUAUUGGAUGUCGCACCUCUAUCCUUGGGUAUUGAGACUGCUGGAGGUGUAAUGACCUCACUUAUUAAGCGUAACACAACUGUCCCCACCAAGCAAACCCAAACAUUCACCACCUACUCAGACAAUCAACCUGGUGUGUUGAUCCAGGUUUAUGAGGGAGAACGAGCAAUGACCAAAGACAACAAUCUGCUCGGAAAGUUUGAACUGACAGGAAUUCCACCAGCACCAAGAGGUGUGCCUCAAAUUGAGGUAACCUUUGAUGUAGAUGCCAACGGUAUCCUCAAUGUGUCUGCUGUUGACAAGAGCACUGGCAAGGAGAACAAAAUCACCAUCACCAAUGACAAAGGUCGUUUGUCCAAGGAGGAGAUCGAAAGGAUGGUGAAUGAUGCCGAGAAAUACAAGGCAGAAGAUGAUGUCCAGCGUAGCCGAGUCUCUGCUAAGAACGCCCUGGAGAGCUAUGCCUUCCAAAUGAAAUCCACCGUCGAGGAUGACAACCUCAAGAGUAAAAUCAGUGAAGAUGACAAGAAAACCAUUGUCGACAAGUGUUCAGAAGUGAUCUCUUGGCUAGAUGCUAACCAAUUGGCCGAAAAGGACGAGUUUGAACACAAGCAGAAGGAGUUGGAGGGUGUUUGUAACCCCAUUAUCACCAAGCUUUACCAGGGGGCUGGUGGCGCACCAGGAGGUAUGCCAGGAGGUAUGCCUGGAGGUAUGCCAGGCGGUAUGCCUGGUGGUGCUGACGGUGCAUCCACUGGUGGAAGUGGUGGCCCAACCAUUGAGGAGGUUGAUUAAAUACAGGAAACAUUCAGGAAUACAUCAACUUAACAACAUUCAAUAUUUAGUAUUGUCAGUUAUUAAUUUGCUACUACAGUAUAACUAUCAAAGCUAUAUUUGGAACACUGCUCAAGUAAUGAUAAAAAAAAAACUACCCCAAUGAUCAUGGCAGUGUGAACUUUGUCAAAUGUGAAGACUCUGUAUCAAACCAGUCAAGUGAAACGCAUACUUUAGUGGAAGGUGCACAUGCUUUUUACCUUUAAAUUGCUGUUUUGGAAAAAUGGUCGAAUCAAAAUUUGAAUGCUUGAUUACUAAUGUGUGCGGUAGUGUUGUCAAAAGUUUCAUUAUUAACUGAUUAUUUUUUGUUAUCAGAUUUCAUCUUUAAGCAAAAGUCUAUAGUAUUUCAUUAUAUUACCAUCAUUCCAUCAUUCUAUUGCACAAGAAGUGAUCAAUGAAUAAUGAUAUUGUCAAGCUUUAGAAGAACCCCAAGUAAUGUAUGCAAACAGUCAUUUUCAUGUAGAUGCUAUUUCAAAAUAUGAAAGUAUCUUCAAAUGAAAAAUGAAAGAAGAAAAAAAGAAUGAAUAAAAGAGCCAGAACAAAAAAAGGAAAAA